UAACUCGGAGUUGGCUCAGGUGUCCACUUUGGGGCGGGGCUCUCCUCGAGGUAACUCUGGACUGUGCGUUCCUCUUCAUUUCUGACCUAGGUGUCCCCUCCCAAGGCCAGGGGCGGGCGAAGUUUGGGAGUAGAGUAACUGGGAGAUUCCCGGGCUUUGAGAGUGGGUGAGGGGGCCGGGCCAGGCGUGGCUGGGCGUGAAGGGACGGGACAAAGCCAGGCAGGACAGGACAGGAGCCCAGAGGAGAUGAGAGGAAGCCCGGAACUUAGAUUAGGGAAACCCGAGGCUUGGUGGUAACAGAAAACAAAACAAAAAGAAAAAGAAAAGAAAAAGAAAAUAACGACUCAACCAGACCCCUCCCCCCCCCAAAAAAACCCUAACGAUAGAGUGGCUAAGGGAAGAAAGAACUAGGGAAGGGGUCUGGUCCAGUGUUCCAGUGUUAGACAGACUGAAGAAUGUUUUCCCGGAAUCACCGGAGUCGGGUCACUGUAGCCCGGGGUUCUGCCCUGGAGAUGGAGUUCAAACGCGGCCGCUUUCGUCUCAGCCUAUUCUGCGACACCCCAGAGGAUACAGAGCUGCAGCGAAAGCUGGACCAUGAAAUCCGGAUGAGGGAGGGAGCCUGCAAGCUGUUGGCUGCUUGCUCCCAACGGGAACAAGCCCUAGAGGCCACCAAGAGCUUGCUGGUCUGCAGCAGCCGCAUCCUCAGCUACAUGGGGGAACUGCAGCGUCGUAAGGAAGCACAAGUGCUAGAGAGGACAGCAAGGCGGCCUUCAGAUACUGGGGCCCCUGGUGAACGUUCCCCAUGUCGUGGCACAAUUUGCAUUUCUGAUAUCCGAAUCCCCCUCAUGUGGAAGGACACAGAAUAUUUCAAGAACAAGGGAGACCUACACCGAUGGGCUGUAUUCCUGUUGCUGCAGCUGGGGGGGAACAUCCAGGAUACAGAGAUGGUCCUGGUAGACAGGACACUAACAGACAUCUCCUUUCAGAGCAGUGUUCUUUUCACGGAGGCAGGACCAGACUUUGAGCUACGGUUAGAGCUGUAUGGGGCCUGUGUAGAAGAGGAGGGAGCCCUGGCUGGGGCCCCCCGGAGACUGGCUAGCAAGCUCAGUAACUCUCUGGGCCGAUCCUCAGGAAGGCGGGUCCGGGCUUCACUGGAGAGUGCUGGGGGCUCUGGGAAUAGCGGUGCAGCCAGUCCCAUCCUGCUCCCUACCCCAGCUGUGGGGGGUCCCCGAUACCACCUGCUGGCCCAGACCACCCUGACUCUUGCAGAGGUACAGGACGGCUUCCGUACCCAUGACCUCACCCUCACUAGUAACGAGGAGAGCCCAGCGUGGCUGCCCCUAUACGGCAGCGUGUGUUGUCGCCUGGCGGCCCAGCCCCUCUGCAUGACUCAGCCCGUCAUGAGUGGUACCCUCAGGGUGCAGAGCUGGGGCCAGGUACACGGCAUCCUGAAAGGAACAAACCUUUUCUGUUAUCGACAUCCUGGGGAAGCCAGCAUUCAGAAAGAUCCAUUGUUCACCAUUGCAAUCAACAAGGAGACUCGGGUCCGGGCUGGGGAGCGGGACCAGAGCCUGGGGGGACCCCUCACCCUCAGCAUCAGUAACCGGUAUGGGGGAGAUGAAGUGACCCACACACUGCAGAUGGAAAGCCGGGGGGCCCUUCAGCGCUGGAUGGAGGCUUUGUGGCAGCUCUUCUUUGACAUGAGCCAAUGGAAGCAAUGCUGCGAUGAGCUCAUGAAGAUAGAAGUACCUCCUCCACGCAAGGCACCCCCUGCACUGGCCAAGCAAGGCUCGCUCUACCACGAGAUGGCUAUUGAACCUCUGGAUGACAUCGCAGCAGUGACAGACAUCCUGGCGAAGCGGGAGGGGCCCCCCCUGGACGUUCCCCCACCCUGGCUGGCAUUAUUUACAGAGAAGCUACCCUCCUCAAAGCUCCCCAUCCAUGUACCCCGAAGCCCCUCUCCAGCCCGUGCCUGCCCAGGCCCCCGAGCCACUCCCUGGGGCCGACCCCGUACCCUCUCCCUGGACGCUGCUCCCCGAGGUCGCCCCCCGCUUCCUCCCCGUUCCAGCUCUAGUUCCAGCUCAGGCUCUGGAAGCCCUGCACCCCGUCAACGGUCUCCUCCAGCCCGGGGUUUCCGGGCAAAAGCCCGGCCCUGGCUCCAGUCACCUGUGUGAAGGGUUGUGGAAGGGGGUGCUACUGGAAACAGGGUAAUGCUGGAAGAGGAAAUGCCUUCUGAUGUCACUCAAAGGAGUGAGUGACAUCAGGGGAGGGUCAGCAGUGCCACGAUGAGGGUCUUGGGACAGCCAACUUGAUGCCUGGUCUGCUGUGCUUUUGGCUCAAGGGCAGAUUCCUUCGUAACUGUGGGGCCACCACAAGGGGACCUCGUCCACAGCUGGCUGGUGGACCCCAGCCACUUCCUGAGAGAAAACUGGAACACCCCCAGCCCAACUGCACUACCCUGCCUUGGGCAAAAGUGAGGCGGGUUGCCUUGAGGCUCUGGAAGGAGGGAGCUAUAACCCCCCCAAAGGGAGCCUGCCCCCAUCACUCCCCCGUACUCAGUCAUUAAAGUCUAUUUAA